AGAAAGAUGCAAUAUUCUGUCGAAGACCUUGAACGAAACCUGAAAAACACUUCUAAAACUUGCGGAGAAUUAGAAGAAAGACUCGUGAACUUUUGUAAGAAUCAAAGUGGUAUUCGAACGUUAAAACGGGAAGCUGGCCACAUAUUUCCACAGAUAGAGUCUUUGUUGCAACAAAGUCAGUUCUUGGACGAGAGAAUAUCACAAGUAGAGCACCAAGUGGAGCAAGUAAAAAGUAGUGUUGCGAAACAUAAAGUACAGAAGGAAGACCUUUUACAGCUAUACUCUUUACUUGAAAAGUUAGAUGUAGUCAGUCAAGGAGUUGGCGUUUCUGAGGAAUUAAGCAACAGACAAAAAGUCCCUGGCAGUAUGGAUCUUGAAACACUAUCCAGCUACGAACGUCAAAUACAACAAGGGUUGCGUAGUCUUCAUUUUAUAUACAGUUUUGGUAUAUCAAACAGCUGUUUAGCAGCUUCUCAGACUCUGAUGGAGAAAGAACACGUACGAUUGCGAAGUGAAAUGGUUGGGAGGUUAACGUCCUGUUUUCAUUGGUAUGAUUGGGGUCUCUCAAUCGAUAAGGAGGCAAAGUGGAUAUCAACGAUAAUUGCUCAAGGAAAAUAUAUGGAUAUGGCAGUUCAGGAAAUCGUCUCUUUGCUGAAACGUCUUGGAGUCGCAGGUUAUCUUCAACGGGCUUCUAAGGUUGAAAUAAGAGAAAGAGAGUUUUUAUUUCAUAUGCAAGACAAGAACGAAGAUGUAUCGCAAGUGCUGGAAUGGGAAGAUUGUUCCGUGCAAGAGUUGGACAUCUUAGAAAAUUGUUUAGACUUGGCAAACGGUUGCAAAAGAGCGCUUGUCAUUUUUGACUUCAUUUUAAGUCAAACAUUCGAUAUUGACUACUACAGAGAAGUUGCUGUUGGGUUUUAUGACUGGUUUCAGCGUGAAGUUUGUAGUUCCAAAUGUAUUUUAGGUCACUUUAAAUACUUGAACGACUUGGAUGGAUUUAGUGAUCCUUCUCAGUUUUCCCUUCGCCUCCGAGGACUAACCAUUUGUGCCCAGAAACUUCGAAUAGCUCUUCAAGCAAGAGGCAUGGAUAUAAGUUUGGCAGAAUCACUCGUUCCCGAUAUCUAUCGAGCUGAAGAAGACUUGGCAGUUCUUUGUCAUCGACAUGUACUUGUCUAUAGCAGAAAUAUUUUAAAGUCUAUUGCAUUCUGCCACGAUGAAUUGGUGGAUGUCUCUUCUUUUUUGGCUGCAUCCGAACAUCGUUAUUUGAGAGGGAAACUUGUUGAUGCUGGAGAGCUUUGUCCAUUUCCUUAUCCCAUUUGUAAGGUGACGAAGCAAGGGAUAGAGUUGAGUCAAGCUGCAGACAGAAUAUUUCAGGAUGCAUAUGUUUGCCUACAAAAUAAUUUGUCGUUGUUGGGCUCUACUUUGAUGAAAAGCAUUUCGGAAAUGUUGCUUUCGUAUUAUCGCAUUGUUUCCGCCAAUUGCUACAACAUAUUAAAAUCUCAGUUGUUGGCACAGGCUAUAUAUCAUAACGACUGUUUCUUAUUGGCGCAUAUUUGUUGUAUUAUUGAAAUGAGAAAAACUCUGUUGAUAUCUCAUCUCGAUGAAGAGGCAGCAAGUCACCUUAAGGGACAAGACUAUAUGAUUGCGUGCUUUCGGUUGAGAUGUGAGGGUUCUACUUUUCUCGCGAAGAGUAUAUCUGCUACAAAGGAUGCCAUAUAUGCCUGUGUAUCCAAAGCAUCUGAAGGAGUAUCAUUUGAAGUGUGUUAUCAAACUUCGAUAUUCAACCGUAUUCAACGUUCUCUAGAUGCUGCUUCUUUAAGCUUUGAAACUUUACUUUUUUCUUGGAAGGACUAUUUGCCAAAGUCUGUUUUACGAAAUAUUGGAUUGGGUUUGCUUGAAAACUAUUGUCAGUGGUUGAUUCAGGCAGUAUUUGCGUUAGAAGAUAUCCCUCUUAGAACUAGUUCUUGUCUAGCGUCGUUGUUGCAAGAAGAAACAGAGAAGAAAACAAAGUUAGUCGCACAAGUAUUGGAUUGGGAACAGGCAGUCUUAUCUGAGCGGUGCCGUGGUGUUUCAUCACUUUGGUGGAUAUGCAAGAUAUUGAACUCGAACCUGGAAGAAAUAGUCAAAAUGGUACAGCAUGGUCCGUUAAAGAGAAGAAUAGCAAAGGAUCAGUUAAUCAAGUUAGUUACGGCUUUGUUUGAGAAAACAGCAUAUAGGAAGAAAUGUUUACAACAAAUUGCCAUUGCAUAUUCCGUAUCAGCGAAGAAAGAAAGCCACGUUUAAAGACUUACAAUGCACGAUAAGAACCCAUUGGAAAACUUUUCUUACUUCUAUGGCUUUUUAUUUCAUAGUUUGGUUAUUAUAUGUGACUGUUGGCUACUUUCUUCGCGGUAUGCACUGUUUGAUAUGAUUGGAAAGCUGUUGUUUUCCCACAAAAACGUAAAGUACGUAACCUUGUUAAAGACACGAGACAAGCAGUUUACCAAAAGAGUAUUUGAUUACGUGCAUAAACACUUUUGGUUGAGAGUUUUUUUUAACUUUAUGUUCUUUUUCUUGUGACGGCUCAGUUUGGUUUACCGUUCCUUUUGUACCAGUUGUGUGCUACUUGUACAAGUCUUCUCAAGAGCCGGGAACUUUCUCUGGUUGGAAUUCUAUACUUUUCUCUGCAGAUUUUUCUUUGUUUUGCUUUAUAUUGUUGUGCUAUUGUACACUGAGUGCUGCAAUAGA